UCGCAUACACAAUCAGUUGCAAAGUGGAACUCAAUGCGCCCAGAUAGAUCAUGGCAGCAGCCGCAAUCGCCCCAAACCAGAGCCAGGAGCUCUUCAUCAGCCGUGCCAGCAUUCAACUGCAAUUGACGCCAUCCGCCCAUCAGGUUCAUAAUCGUUGUCAGAAUCAGAUAUACGAGUGGCGAACACAGGUCACCACACCAUCGCCAGUAGCCAACGAUUUGGCAAACGAAACGGCAGUCAAAUGCAUUAAGACUGCUGCCACCUCCUCCGCCGCCGCCACGCCCAAAUAUUAUACGCCUCCACGUAUUCAAGGCAACGAAGCAAAGCGACGGAAUUUACCCCAAACUUUGGCAAACUUCUUCGAAGUGGAGCGCCAUGAAAGUGCCUGGAAUCGCGUGACAAAACGAGCCCCAAAUCCACCUCAACAACAACAAAAACAACCACAACAAAAAGAAGACAAAAGCAGUAAGCGAAAAUAAGGAAUUGGAGCAUAAUCGAUUAAUAUUAACCCAUCAAAUGCCAAAAGUUAUCAACAAAUUUGCUUGGCUGACCUUAUUUGAUUUUCUCGUUUUAAGAAAGUGAAAUCUGUUUUAUAUAUUUUUUGUCUAUUCAAAUAAAAAGUAUUAAUAUGUA